ACUCAACCUGCAACAGGCUAAUUCUGGAAUAUUGCAUGAGUUCGAAACAAGACUGAACCGAUUCGUUGGAAUUGGAAUAUAUAUUUUGUUUCUGUACCAUCAAACUGAGAUGGAUAGUUAGAGUUCAUCAUUGCAUCGACUACAGCGAUCAGAUCAUUGUGAAUCUUUGUGGCAAUCGAGUGUGUUUUAUUUAGUCUCCUGCGUUUUUUAGACUGAAACUCUGUUCAAUUUUAAAAAAAUAUAAUUUUAAGGGUUGAAGUGAAAUAAAUUUAAGAAAAUCUUUAUUCUUUAAAAAGGAUACUAAAAAAUAGGUUCACACUAUCCCCCAUCCCUGAAUGAAAUGGUUCAAUAUUUAACAACAUCUUUUGAUAAAUUUGAAACAUUUGCUCUAUCAGAAAUGCCUAAACAACAAGUAAAAAUCGACUCUGAAACGGCAUUUAUUCCCAAAUAUUGGGGUAACUUUUUUAAAUAUGAGCCAAAUGAUUUUGAAACAUCAGCAACUGGCAGUUUUUGUGACAUCUACUCAGCUAGAAGACGAUCUUUUCGAAUAGCUAAUCAAAUACAACCAAGUUAUAAUGAAAAUCCGCCAAGGAAAGUUAGAAAAACUGAGAAAAAAGUGUUUCCAAGAAAGACAAAAACUAGUGGUUUUUUAUCGAAGAGUGAAAUUAGUAGUUGCAGUUCGAAGCUGAGUGAAGCAUCUUCACUUAAUAAAGCUUUAUUAAUAAAAAACCUUUUUAAGAAGCCAAUUAAAGGUAAGGUAACUAAGUCGAAGGCAAAGCCUAAACCUAGAAAGGCUUCUGCAAGAAAAAGGACACAAAAAUCAUGCAAAGUGGAAGAAAACAAAUUACUACUUACGAAAGCCAGUUUAAAACAAUUUGAAGAUGGUUUUAAUCUGAAAAAUGAAAAAUUGGAAUUCGAAGACCAAAGUAAUUUCUCUGAGGUCGAAGAUUUUGAAGAAGAAAAAAAGAUAGUUCCUAGUUUCAAAAUAUUGAAUCAAAAUAAGAUUAUGCCUCAGAAUAAAUUUGGUAAUCUACUAAAAAUCAAUAAAAAUGAUACCAAAUCAACUAUUUUAAAACCAUCCAAAGAAAUUAAAUUAAAAAAGAAUUUAGCUUUGAAGACUAUUGAAAAUACAGAACUUACUUCUGAUUUUGUAUCAUUGCAAGUUUCUGACACGGAAUUACCUAAUAAAGCCUUAAAACAUGCUUCCAAUGACAAUUCUAUUGAAAAUAAACCAAACAAAAUCAUAAAACUUGAACCAAACAGCAAGAAUGGAGGGGUUAAAAAGAAAUCCACCAAAGAAGUAACAAUAAUAGAAGAUUCAGACGAUGAACCGCUGAUAUCGAUGUUUAAAAAAGUUGCAAACGAUGAUGGUGAAGAUGUUUUAAUGAAGGACGUAUCAAAUGAAAGUUAUCAGGUUUUGGAGAAGAAACCUAAUAUCAGUGAAAUCAAUAAAAAUUCGAAAAAAUCAAUUAUUUCUGAAUCGAAAUCUGUUGAAAAGACUUUCGAAGAUGUAAAAAAUCAAGCUUUAAACUUAAUCAUUUUGGAUGAAUCAGAAGAUGAAAGGCAGAAGUCUGUCCAAAAAAUAGUUGAAAACUUGACUGUUCAUAUAGAAGAGAUCAGGGAUUUUUCUGACAAAUCCGCAGUAAAGGAAAUAUCAAACGAAGAGCCUUCUUCGCAGAAGAAAUCAACAAUUUCUGAACCGAAAUCUGUUGACAAAACUUCUGAAGAUGUAAAAAAUCAAGCUUUAAACUUAAUUAUUUUGGAUGAAUCAGAAGAUGAAAGGCAGAAGUCUGUCCAAAAAGUAGUUGAAAACUUGACUGUUCAUAUAGAAGAAAUCAGGGAUUUUUCUGACAAAUCCGCAGUGAAGGAAAUAUCAAGCGAAGAACCUUCUUCGCAGAAGAAAUCAACUAUUUCUGAGCCGAAAUCUGUUGAAAAAAUUUCUGAAGACGUAAAGAGUCAAGUUAUAAACUUAACCAAUUUGGAUGAAUCAGAAGAUGAAAGUGAGAAGCCUGUCCAAGAAGAGGCUAAAAACUUUACCGGUCACAUUGAUGAAAUCAGGGAUUCUUCUGACAAAUCAAAUGAAAUAUCUUCUUUGCAGAAGAAUUCCACUAAAAUUGAUCCAAUAUUUGAUUUUACAAAGAAAAAAAGUAAAUCUGAACAGAACUCUGUAGAGGACGAAGAAAAAUGCGAGGGAAAAAUUUCAAUUCCUAAAGAACAACCAAGAAACGAUAAGUCAGUUUUACCAGUAAUUCAAAUCGAUGAAGAGAUAUCAUUGAUUGUUGAUAAGUUAUCAACUAUGAACACAACAGAUACAAUUAAUAAAAAGACCUUGAAUAAUAAACAAACCUUUAAAGAAAACAAGUUCUUUGGUUCAUCAAUAAUAGAUAUUACAGAUGAAACUCCAACUGAGAGACCCAUUAAAAACGGCAAGAAAAAAUAUAGUAACUCUAAGACUUGCUAUGACGAUGAUGAGGUUAUAAUUAUUGAAAACAAGCCUCUUGGAAAAUAUCAAGGACCAUCAUUAAAUUCAAUAAAGACUAAAGAAGUUAACAAUAACUUCGAUGAAGUUAUCAUAAUAGAAGACAACAAUAUUAAAGAACAUGAAAAAGUAAUAGAAACCGAUUGGGAGAAAAUCAUCAAGAACGCUGAAAAUGUUGAAAAAAUGCCUUCUAACAAUCGUGAGAAAUAUCAAGUUCAACAAAAUAAAACAAUCUCAAAGCAACCUAAUACCAAUCAAACAGAAAUGGAAGUAGAUGAAAUUAAAAUUGAUCAACUAUCGCAUGCAAACAAAAACAAUCAAAGUGUUAUUAUUGAGGAAUUACAUUUAUUGACUGACAGAAAAUUGCAAGCAGAUGCAAGAAAAUUAGUACCUGAGUUAACUUUAACGGAAAUAAUUGAUGAUGACGAAGUCUAUGCUGAAAGCAAUGGCAGUGACACAGAAAUUCAGGAAGAAAAUGAAAAUUUAGCUGAUGACAGAAAUGAGGACGAAAAUCAGGAGGAAUUUAAUAGAAACUCUGACGAUGUAGAAAUGGAAUAUCCUCAAGAAGGUCAAGGAAACUAUCAACAAGAUUAUAUUGAGGUUCAUGGAUAUAAUUAUUUACCACAGCAAAACUAUCUAUAUCCUGGAUUUAACUGUCCAGUAGGACUUGAUUAUAGAUCAAUUAACUUGCCAUAUCUUGGUCAACGUUAUGGUGACUUUAAUCCUCAAAUGCCUCAAAUUUAUUUGGGUUACAAUAACUUUUCAAUGCCAACAAAUAAUCCAUAUGCCAAUAAUGGACCACAAAUAGAAGAAAUAACAGAAUGUUAUGAUACCGAAGAAGGAGAAGAAGACGAAAAUGAAAAAAAUAAAGCAAAUUUGAAUAAGAAUCAAAAUGAUUCUCCAAAGAACACAUUUCAAGAUCAACCUCAGAGUUGUUCGGGUGUUCGCAAUCAACAACCAAUAUUAAGUCAACCACCUCCGAUAAGUUGCAGUCAUGAACAACGACGUCCACAAGUACAAAAAGUCAUUCCUCAAAGGGUUGAGAAAAAUACAAAUCCACAAAGUAAUUGCACAUCGGAAAAUAACAAUCAAUGGAAAAUAACUUCAUCUCAAAAUGUUGUUCAACAAACUCGUUUCGACGAACCAAAAGGUGUUCAAUUGUAUGAGAUCGAUGAUCCGCCCAACAACACUGAAAAAAAUAAUCCUUCAGAAUGCCAGAUUCAACAGGUUCGUCAAGGUCCUGUAAAGAAUAGUCAUCAAUUACAGGCUGUUCAAGAGCAAGAAUCGGUAUCGGAAAUAGCGCGAAUUGUUAGAAACAAUUGUCGCAUACAUGACAUCGAAUUUAAGGGCGACAUCAAACCUUUAGAAGGACGACUGUACCGAACUGCGAAUUUCUUCAUUGCUUUUGGGGAUCACUAUAGGGUCCAAAUUGUUGGGGAUGUUAUUGUCAAUACUAUAGACGAUUACAUAGCUUUUGAAGCAUUUUUUGGUCCAGAAAAUCCCAUUUUUAGAAAAUAGAAUAAUCUUCAACAUCAGUUUCAACUUAUAGGAUAAUUUUGAGCCCCAUGGACGAGUUUGCAUUAUGACAGCAGCUUCCAUUCUUAUUUUUAUUGAUUUUAAUUUUUUUUUUUAAGUUUAAUCAAACAAAAUUAAAUCUAGAGUUAAAUAUAUACUA